GAUUCCCAGGACAGCGUGAGCAGCCUGCAUGAGCCGAGUCGUGUCAUGGUGCUCCAGAUCAGUCAUCAUGACCUGGCGCUCAUCAGUUUGGACAAAAAAGUGGCCAUCUUGCAGUGCAAGUUCAAGGACAUCUCAUCUGUGUCACAGGUGAGUUUUUGAGAAAGGUUAACAGAUUUUAGCCAGCUAUUUGAAUAUUAUUUAAUGACUGAGAGAAAUUUACCCUUAAAUAUUGAAGAUUUGAAUGUUUCAUUUACCAAUGUUAAUAUUAUUUAUGACGCAAUGUGAAGUUUGAGACAAAAAAAUUUGUUAUUCUGUGAAUACUGUAUAUCUGGAGGGAUAAACACCCAGAUGCAACAUUUAUUUACAUUUGUAGAUCAUCAAAAAUCUCUAGUAAUUUCGUGGCUACAUAUUAUACAUGGAAAAUUUUGCAUGUUUUUUCCAGGGCAGCCUCAAGCAAGAUAUGUUUGGCAUUGUUGCCAGAGAAGGCUCAACAUUCAUCUGUUACAUACUCAACUGUCUGUCAGGGGCUGUGGUAAGUAACAUUUAAAUAACAUUCAAUAAACCUCACUGAUCAUAAAAGUGACAUACAUGCAUACCAUGUCAACCUCAUGAAUUUGAAAUAUCUAAAAAGUGAGUUGGUCAUUGUGGAUCCAAUGAGUUUUUAAGUCUGUCAAAAAAAAAAAAAAAAAAAAAAAAAAAAUACAAACAAAACCAAACCUUUCACAUCCAUUCUUCAAAUGACUAAGUGAUCUCUUUAAAGGAAUUAUUCCAAUAAAAUUUGAUAUUUUGAUCCCACUAAUAGUAAAUUAUAGGCCACGGGCUUGAAACAAAAAACCUUGGCCCAAGGUCAUGGUGAACCAGACUAAACAACGGCUUUAAUGGGGCCUCACGGAGACCAUCAACAAAAUUGUUAUGACUGAAGAUCUCGUGAGCCUGAGAUUAUGUCCUGGCUGUAAGAGCUCUCGUGGGCACCCACACUCAAAAUACGCCUCUGAUUAGGUGCAAUUUGGUCUCUGGACAAUUUUAUGAAGCAGGAUGGCUCUCUGAUCAAUAAUUCACUAUGUGAGACUUUUUACAGUGUUUGGAGACUUAAAAAAAAAAAAGUUGUGAUUUACACUGUAUUAUUAACAAGUUGGGGAGUGAGGGGGGGAGGGGCCUCCUCUUGUGUAACAGCCAGUGAAAUAUUGAAGUAUACACAUGAAGUAUUUUAUUCAAUGCUGGAGUUCUCAGAAAUCAGUCUGUAAAUUGACAUAUUGUCUUGUACAGGAAGCAAAACUACUGAAAAAUGGUCAGUUAAAUCCAAUAGGGUUUUUAGGAUAAUAUAAAUCAGAUAAUGUGUGUCACAUGAACAGAGUGUUUCAAUCAUGAUUUUGUCUUUAUAAAAAAAGUAGAAAAUAAUAAAAGAAAUAAGGUAAUAUGUGUCACGUGAACAAAUUGUGUCACUCAUAAUCUUGAAUUUAUAACCAGUGGAAAUGAUAAAGGAUCCAAACAAAAUAAUUUUAGGUAUGAAUAACUUAAAAUAGCAUUGGUGAUAUAUCUGUUUGUUAUUCUGACCCAUGUCAGUGUCUACCUGUUUUGAUCUACUUUUCUGCCCAGGAAAUGUUCUGUUGAACUGAGUAACAAUUGUGGUAAAAAAGAAAUUAAAAAACUAAGCAUGAGAGUAUGAGAGUCCACCAAAACUUAAUCAAAUACAAAUAAUACAAUUUUUUAAAUUAAAAAUUUAUUAAUUAAAAAUUUUAUCAAAUUCAAGGCGAUUUUUAGUUACAAUAUUACAAGGAUUGAACUAAUUUCAAAUUUAUUAAGUCAAAAAAUAAUUUUAACAUCCCUGGACUUGAAUGCCUUUGUUGAUUUACUUAACAUUGGAUUUCAACCUUACAACUUAGAAAAAACUGUCUGCAGUUAUAGUGCUUUUUAAAAAAUUAAAUUCAAAUCCCCCAUUCCAAUCCCUGGCAUGUUAGAAUUUUAUCUUAAGUGUUUAGCCAGACCGAUCAUUUUCUUUUCUCUAGGAAUGACAAUUGUUUUCUCUAGGAAUGAUACUUGUUUUCUCUUGGAAUGUUACUUGAUUUUUACUUAUUUUUACUUGUUUGCUCUAGAAAUGAUACUUGUUUUCUAUAGGAAUGACACAUGUAUUCGCUAGGAAUGACACUUGUUUUGUUUUCUCAAGGAAUGCUAUUUGUUUGACCAUCAACUUUUGUGUUGACAAAAAAAAUGACAUAACGCUGAGAUAUUUCCCUGUGUGUGUCUUAGGUUUCUGAGAUCAUGGGCACACUUCAAACAGCGUUUGCAGCUGCCUACAGCAAACAAGGUGCGGGGGCAAACACCGCCAACAGCAGCAUGGCAAGCAGCACCACCGGCAGCACCACUGGCAGCACCACCAGCACACAGAGCGGCACACAGAACCAGGUCUGCACCAUGUGCCCCCUGCACCAGCUCCACCGUCUGAGCCAAGAAAUAGGCGGUAAGGGACAUAAUAUUGUCCUGUUGUCCCACAAUUGUUGCACUUGUUGUUCCACUGUUGUGGUACUUGUUGAUUCCCUUGUUAUAUUUUUUGUUUCACCAUGUAUUAUUGUUACAGGCCGAGCAUGCACACAAUGAAACGAGGUUUAAAAAAAAAAAUGUGUUGCUUUUUUGGAAUGACCUCUUAAGACAUAAUAAUUGAUUGUAGAAUUAUUUCCUUGACAACAUUUUGGUUGCAUUUGUAACUGUAUAAAGCAGAACAGAAAAAUAAAAGGGGGGGGGGGUUUGGUGUGGAGGAGGAGGUGGUGUUGUUGGAGAAACCAGAAGAUGGGAAGUUUCUCUUUAUUUCUGAGGUAGAGGAAGUAGAGGGGGAUAUGAUUUAAAAAUACUGCCUAUUGAUAACUACAGUGAAAACAUCAACUUAAUUUUAUUAUAUUUUUUUUUUACACAUUAGGAAAUGAGAUUCAUGUUGAUAUUUUAACCUGACCUGAUGCACAAAACUGAAAGGAUAGGUAGCCUUUAAAGAAUUGGUUUGCUCUGUUUUUGUUGCAGUUUUCUCAAAGCUGGUGGAUUUUAAAAAAAAAAAAGUGUGAUAAUGUAAAUAAUGUUUGUAGUUGGAGAAUUAAAGGAAGAAACUUUUGAUUCGGAUAUCGGUCUGUCCAAAAAUAGAUUGUUGGCUAACUUUAGUUAUACAUCCAUCAGAAGUAACUGUUGAUCUGUCUGUUCAAAAUAGAUUGUUGGCUAACUGUAAAUGUACCUCCAUCAGAAAUAGACUGUCCAGGAACUUCAAAUAUGCAUAAAUUUAUGCUUCUGCCCAUGUCUUUGGCCUGAUUUUGGAAUUUUUCUACAUUGGCUGUGGCGAAUCUAAAUUAUUAAAAAUUAAAGAUAGAUUCUAGAUUUCUAGCAAGAUCCUUAGCCAUAGAUAGAAACCAUCUAAACUCUAAACAAUGGGGUAACAUUUAUGUGUUUUUUCUCUCUUUGUUUAGGCAUGUCCCAGCAAGCUGCCCAUGAUCUGCUGGUCAAGAAAGUUCAACUCUUACCUGAUAAAGAACUAAAUGACCUCAAUCACAAAAUGCAGGUAGAACCAAAAGAAGACCCGACCUGUGCUGUUUGUACUGGUAGAAAGCCAUCAACAUUUGUUGCAACUUAAAGCAUCAACAGCUUUUAUAAGGCAAUGUUACUAAUUUUGAGUCAAGGGGCCCUGGUGGGUGGGUGGGGGGGGGGGAGGGGUAACAAAAUUCAAAAAGGAGGUUGAAAUUGGGGUGUUUGGAAAUAACUAAUUCAAUGAGGGGUUUAGGCAUUUGAGGCUACUGAUCUAAGAGAUGCCCAUCGAAAAGUCACUGGGUAAGCAUAAAUUGUUGAUUCAUAUUGUUUGUCCUUUUACUCUACAGAUAGAGGCUCCUGAAUCUUUUGAAGAGUCCAAUGAGGUGAUCAUGAUUUAUCUGAGG